ACCCGAGAUAACGUUGUUACGUUUGUGCCGCAUUAUUAAUCUUAAUCAGUCGCACUGCAGAAAGCGAGAUAAAAAGUGUCGUUUGCUCUUAUCAGAUGCCAACGUUUCUACAUAUGUGAUCUGCUGUGAAAUCUUUUUGGUUAUUCAAUCGUGUCUUAACAAUUCCCACAUAGCACGCCACGAUGACACGUCGAAGACGUCGAAGGAAUAAACGAGCAGAAUCGUACGGAACAAACGAAUCGAAAAUGAACGAGCAAUCAUCGGCGGGCAAAGGACCACCGAGUGUAAUCAUGUUGGUUUUCUCGGCGAUCACCCACCUUCUACUAUUGGCACCAGUAAUAUACAUCCUGGUUCUCGCGUUUCAAAACUACAGCUUCUUCUCCUGGCAUCCGAUUUGCAUGAGCGUCGGAGUUGGACUCUUGGUAACGGAGGCGAUAUUCAUAGUUUCCGGGGAGGCUUACGCCGGCUGGAAAAUAACCAGGACGAAUAGGACGACGAUGCAUUGGAUCCUCCACGCGGUCGGCCUUUCGCUGAUGCUGGUCGGCUUCAUUAUCAUCGUAGUAAAUAAAGUGAACUACAACAAACAGCAUUUCGCCUCGCCCCACUCGAUCCUCGGCCUGGUCAGCAUAAUCCUCGCGCUUCUCACGGCUGCGUUUGGCAUCGUGACGAACAAUUCCCGGUGGCUGUACCCGCGUUUCAGGCCGGUAAUGUUGAAGAUCGUGCACGCAUUCGGUGGCAUAACGGUGAUGAUACUUCUGCUGGCGACCCUGCUCACGGGUACUUACACGAGAUGGUGGCCCGGCGGUUACACCGGAAGGAGUUUGACGUUCACCUCCUUGUUCAUCGCCGUUGUAUUUUUACUGUUGAAACCGAUCUUGGGCGCGGUCUCUAGGAGCAGGGUCGUCUUCGGCCCGCCACCUGCCACAACGUAAUUUCGCGUGAGGACUUCUCAGGGAAUCUACCUAUUUUUUAUGUAUGUACGUACACUGAAGAGUAAAACUAAUACCCUUCAGAACUGAGUAAUUCUUUUAGAAUCGAACGAAACGAUCCGAGUUUCUUUGGGCAGUUAAUUUACUACAUGUCUAAAGAGAAUUUUGAAGAGAUUAAAAUCUGCAGAAGUUAUUCAGUUUUGCUCUUUACUACACGUUAAAUGUUUCAAUUUCUGUUCACGUCACAAUUUCUACUAAUUGCCUUUUUUUCCCGUAAUUUAACGUGCAGUCUGAAACCAGUGAGUGAAAAUCGUGGCAUGAAAUUGGAAUACUUACUAUGUAUAUUGUCAAAAAUUUGCGACACCGGUAUUUUAAAUCCAACUGCCUCGGGCAAGCAGCUUUAAGCCAGAAUUUAAAGAGAUACAUUCGAAGGAAUGACACAUUCUAUUCUAAACUCGUUCGAUAGAUAUAUUUUAUGAAAGUACGGUCAAUGCAACGGGUCGUUAUUUAUCAGACUGCUUCCGACACGUAAUUCGAUAAAAUCUAGUGCUUGUCACGUAAUUCGAUAAAAUCUAUCGGAUCAAAUCUAAUGUCACACGCAUUUGUCCGACUCUUAAUCGAUACUUCGGAGAUAACAGCGUAAGAGACUCGCUUUAAAUCGAAUUCAGACAUUCCGUCCCUCGAUGAUCGUAGAAUUUUUACCUAUAAACAGCGAACUUUUUCAUACCGAUUUUAAGUCUACCGUAGCAUUCUCAAAGUAUCUUACAUAUUUUUGAAACAAACAUCUAUACGUAUCAGAUGUUUUAUUAAAAAGGAACAGACUUCGUCUUACCACGUGUACGUUCGUUUUACCACAGCGUGUUCAUUGGCAAGGCUAACGAGAUAAAAAAGAAACGAGAUAUAUUUGUACGUAAGAGCACAUGAAAAGCGCUUUUAAUAUCUAUUUUUGUAAUGAAUAAGUAGCACGUAUCUAUAAGUAAAAGUUUACCAAAAAAGAAAUGUAGAACCUAACGUUAACUUAAUCAUUCGUUUUGGGCGUUUAACAAGUAGACUGCAGGUUUUUAUUUUUAUGCAAUUGUAAGAGAAUGCAUUUGUUGUAAAUUGACUGUGAAAAUGUGUGAAGUAAUUCAUUUAAAUCUCAUAUUACAAAGUCACGGAAAUAAGACACUCAUACAUUUCACAAGAAAUAUUAUAUAUAAAAAUGAGAUUUCGAAUAAAAAUCCGCAGUCUAUCGAUAAGAAAUGUAUGAGGCGAUUAAAUAAAAGGGCAGCAAAGUUAUCGUCAACCAUAUAAUAUAUCAACACUUUAUUAAUUACACACGCAUCAUAUACAUAUACAUAGAAUUUACAUAAUGUAUAUAUUUUUCGCGAAUGUAUAUUAAAUACAGUUUCUUAUUCUCGCCAGA